CGUGGUUACGCUGGCUCGGGCAGCUCGAUCGACUGAACGGAACUGAAUCACCGGAGAAGCCCGCUCCCUUUCACCGGCCCACCGAGAUCUUCUGCCUCCCGUCACGCGUUACACAGCAGCGGCAUCAUGUCUGCGGUGCAGCGGAUGAAAGUAGCGAACGAGAAACACAGUAAAACUAUCACGCAGCGAGGAAACGUUCAGAAGAACACGCGUGUUGUAAAUGAGGAGAAGUCUCCGGUGGGUCCCGGGCUGCUCGCGCUCUUCAUGUUUGUGGUGUGUGGCUCAGCUCUCUUUCAGAUCAUCCAGAGCAUCAGACAGGGGAUGUAAACACUGAGACGAGCAUCAGAACUGUCAGUCCCUCACAAGGAGAUCUGUGAACUUCCUCUUAAUCUCUCUCUCUCAAACUGUUCUUCCGUCCAGAUGUUUUAUUGAUCCUCUGUUUACGGCUCAUUUUAAGCUGUGUAUGUGAGAAUAUUAUUUGUUUUUAUAAAAUGAUCUGUAUCCCUUACCGGCAACUUUACCCAAACAUUUAAGGGUGGAAAGUUCUGGAAGAAUACAGCAAUCUGGAAUUGUGCACAUGUAUCGAGUCCUUGCUCCUCAGGUUGGGAUACGAGUGUCUUCUGUUUCCACUCAUGUGAAGUAAACAGAUUUUGUAUAAACUCAGAGAAAUGACCAUGUGUAAAUUCAAACAUUUAUAGCCAUACAAACCUUCUUCCUCUCUGUUACAGUAAGUUGAUGCUGUGUAAUAAUGAUUUUAUACAAAUAAAUGGUAUUUUCUCUAUCUGCACUCAGGUUUAUUUUCAGAAUAAAGAACUGCGAAUAACUGAUACACUAACAAAAAGUACCAAAGUAACACCAUGACUGUACCGACAUCAGGCAGAAGUGCUUGGAGCAUGCCCGGUCUCACCUGGUGUGCAUUAGAACAAUGGGAUAUAACAGCAUAUACUGUAUAAUAGAGUAAGAACCAUGGGGAUCAUACUCAGCCAAAGUGCUCAGUCCAUACCAGGUCUCAUCAAAGAUCAGUUUAAACCUGUAGUGACACUAUUCCAGUGAUCAUGGCAUAUAUAGCAGAUCCAGAACCCUCUUUCACCAUGAGCCGGUACUCCGGUCAUGAGAGUUUGUGACGAGGAGGAGUGCGGGGUCGGGCCGUGAGGACACGCCUAGCCCUGAAUCGGGGUAAUCAGCCGAGAGGGGGAUAAAGAUGAGCAGGAGGCGCCAGUUCGAGAGAGAGAGACACACACUCGGCCACGCUGUGUGUGUGUGUGUGUGUGUGUGUGUGUUUAUGUUUGUUUUAUGUUGUUUUAAGUGUGUGUCUGUCAUUAAAGUUUACAUUGACUGUUCUGCCGGUUCCCGCCUCCUCCAUGCGCACCUUACCCUGUUACGUUGGAGCUGAAACCUGGGAAGGAGAAGGGAUGCUCUCUUGUGGAGUCCUCGCCGCUCCCAUCCUGACGGGAUGGAGGGGUCACUGCCGGCCGCUGAAGAGUCGGAGGAAGCGCUGUCAUCCACCAGAGGGUGGAGGAGAGGCUGAGGAGCAGUUGAUGGCUUGUUCGGGGACUGGCGAGCCAGUUUUCAAUCUCUCCGCUGUCACUGUAACAAGAAACAGCUGUUAGAAAUGAUGCCAACCAGCUUGACGAGCCACACCACUCCCACUCUCCUGCAACUGGCGCCUCCGGCUCGUCUUUAUCCCCCUCCCGGCUGAUUAGCCCAAUUCAGGGCCAGGUGUGUGUCCUCAUGGCCCGACCCUGCCCUCCUCCUUAUCACAACAACAUUGCGCCAAGACAUUGUAGAUACUAAAUAAAGAUUUUUUAUAUUUUGAACGGUGUCACCAUGGCGAUGUAAUACAUUUAUGGUAAAAAGAAAGAAAAGGGAAACAGGAAGUGCCUUAUAUCUUCUGUGUGCAUUGUGUGAUUUUUAUGAAAGUUCACAUGGAUGCAGCUAUUACGAAUCACGUUCAUAGCGCCACCAACUGGCAGCAGGAGAUAUGGCACUUUUAACAGACUUUAAAAUAGCCCUCUUAUGUUUACAUGAUUUGCUUCAAGAUUCUUUAGAAUAUUGUCAAGACACUGCUGAUGUAAAAUUGUUAAGGGAUAUCUGGCAUCAUAAAUAGUGUUGCCAUGGCAACACAAUUGUUAUUAUUCCCUUCUUCCUAUAUUUGGGUGUUUUUGAGGCACUUGUCAUGCUUAAAAUUUCAUGAACGUUUGCACACACAUCAGAGUCGUCGGCCAUUAGGGCUGAGCAAAAGUGCAUGCCCUGUUGCGCCCCCUUUAAAUGGUCAUGUAAGACGACCUCUGUAGCACCCCCAUUUUCACCUACAAUAACCAAAAUUGGUACAUAUAGUACCAGCAUCAAGCCACACAAGAUUCAUAAUGAUAUUUAUUAGCUCCACCCAACAGGAAGAUGGCUAGUUUAGAUUUUUUGAAAAUUGCAGUCUCUGAACUUUUAAAUACUCCUCUUAGGGGAUUCAUGAGACUGUCACCACAUUUAGACAACAUUAUGCCAAGACUUUGAAGAUGCUUAAUUGUGAACAGAUUUUGUAUAUAUUGAACAGUGUAGCCAUGGCGAGGCAUUCAAUUAAUGGUGAAAAAUGGGAAACAGGAAGUGUUACAUAUCUUCUGUGUGCAAUGUGUGAUUUAGCUCAGAAUUGAGAUGUAUGUUUAGUCUUAGGGGCUAAUCAUAUGCAGGGUUGCCACUGGCCGAAUUGAUGCCCUAUGCAGAGUUCUA